AUGUCCAACACUCCCCUUCCCGUGCCCUCAAAGGCAGCCGUAAGGGCACUCCGCGGCCUCGCCUUUGGGACGACAUGCACCCUCGCUUUGGUCACCGAAGACCGCCGCCGCCGCAUCAACACUGCACGAAGUGCAAUCAACAACGGCGAGAAGCUGCGGUCGGCCAAGCAGUACCAUACCGGAGGCACGGCGUUCGCGGUUGCUCUGGAGGAAGAAUUCAUCGUCGAGUCGAACCCGAUAUACUGGAAGCGCUAUGACCUGCCUCAGAAGCUCCAAGGCCCUGCCCGACGGGAGUCUACCUCAAAGACUCACUCCGCAGAACCCUCCCCAACAUCCCCAACACGGACAAGGAGCAAGAGCCCUCAACGUAUUGGACGCCAAGCGCAGCAUACGCAAUUGCCAACAGUCGACCCCUUGAAAGUCGCCAUACCAAACAUCUUUGCCCCUACCUUGUCCGAACCCACACCGCCCAUAUUUCAAUCAGCGAUGAGCCAUCAGAGACUUGUAUCACAACAAGAGUUGAAAGACGGCGCGGCACGACUGAAUCCUGAUGAGCUUGUCGCGCAGCUUUCAAAGUUGGCCGAUGCCACUGAUCUCAAGGGGCUCAAUGCUGCUAUGCGAUCCCUAGCAGUGGCAUUCUCCAUGGAUCAGCUCCCACAAUCAACUUUACCCCAACUAUUCGAGAUAUCCUCUCGGUUGUGCGUGGCAGCUCAGCGAUACGGGGUCACUGAGCAGGCACAAGAGAUACUGCAGUUGGCCGUUGAACGGGGACCGCUCGACGAGCAGAUGUACCACGCCCAUGAGCCCUUCCCUGUGAUCAAAUCUCUGAUUCCGGAGAAAUUCCCCAGCGGCUCAGCUGCAACGCCUCUCACCACGCGUCUUCAACUCGCCAUUGCCCUUUUCCUCCCCAAAUUCACGCAACCUUGUCAUUUGCCCAGCCGCGAGCUGUUUGAUGUCGCGGGUGCCCUCUUUGAGGCUGCUAUCUCGGCCAAAUAUCGUCUCGGCAUGCAGCAAAUCUGCCGGAGGAUGAUCGCAUACCAGCGUGUUCCAAGCGACCUUUUCCAGACGAUCUUGACAUCUUUACACAAGGAGCAAGAGCACAAACUUGCAGUCAAGUUAUUCGGUCUUCUAACACCUGAGGACAGUCUUGGUGACGACGCUCUGUGUCAGAUUGGCGACGCGAUUGUUGACUCAGUCUCGAACGUCCAUGGCUAUCGAGCAGAGACAGUUCUCAGAAGGCUCUUUGCCCUUCGGGGAGAGAAUCAGCCAUUACGGACUAGCUGGGUUACUCGACUUCUGUAUUGCGAGUGGGAAAGGGAUCACAACAUUGACGGCAUCGCACAACUGUUCCGUGACUUAUUCGCAGAAAGCAUCGCUCUCAAGGUGGUCCACCCGGACGGUGUAUACCGUGUUAUGAUCCAGAUCUACUUGGAAGCCGGCGCACAUGCCAAGGCCGACGAGCUCUUCCAUGAGCUCGUGCAGCUCGAUGCCACUUGCGAAACAGACUGCCGCCUCCUGGGCCUUUUUGCCCUGUCCAAAGCCAAAGCGGGGGACUGGGACGGAGUUCGGGACAGCUUUACCACCAUGAGGCGUCAUACCGCGUUCUCAGCAUUAGACAGUGACAAGAUCUUUGUCCCGAUCUUGAAGGUAUACAAGCAGAGUCACACCAUCGGAGAGACUGAGGCCUUCCUCAAAUCCUACAUUGACGGCAUGCAAGUACCUGUCUCACGCCACAUGGUCGCGAUGAUAGCAAACGAGUACGGCGCCGUCCACGACAAGACGGCAUUCAUCAGCUGGCUCAGGUAUUGUGCCAGUGCAGGCUUCAGCAUUAAUGCUGCGUUCAGCAACUCUAUCCUCCUCAACUGCCAGAAACAUUGGAACUUUCACUAUCCCGAGCUACGCAGUCUCCUCUUUAGAAUGCGCCAGCUGAACCCAGAGUCAGAGGACCAAGUCACCCAAAGGAUCAUGAUGAACGCCGCUGUCCGGGAUGCGAAGAUGUCAGCAAACGGUGGGCGAUGUGUCAUGGGGAAGGUAGCCUCUUUGGGUGCCAAGCUAAGCGGUUCCUCAGCUUCGCGGAAGUGCAACGACGAAUACGAUGUGCUUCUGACGAUGAAGCAGGCCAUGGUGCGGGGCAAGUCGAGCCGCGCCAUCGCUGCUUACAAGCAGGCGAUUGCAGCAGGGCUACCCCACAAUGAAGAGUGUCUCAGGGCGGCCGUAGUUGCCUCCCUGACUGGGAACAAGGACGACAGAUUCUGCGUGGUGGACCUGAUGAGAGAGGCACAGGACGCCGGCCAUGACAUCAGCGCUGCUGCGAUUCCCCUUCUUGUGGCCCAGCUGGAUGCUGUGGACCACCGGGUCGGCAAGCAACACAGUUUCCAAGGCCUCAAGGAGAAGUUGGGCGAGUUCGAGAAGCUGCAACUCGAGCUGUCCGACUUUGCUCUGAACCGGGCAGCUCUUCACCUGUGCAAGGCCAAGCACUACAGCGGGGCCGUUGCGUUCGCGCUCUCGGCGGCAGAGAGGGUCGGCAGGCGCCCUGGGUACAACAACUACAACUUCUCGGUCCUGAUGUGGGCAUACGGCGCUGCGCGGGACGUCGAGGGGCUCGCGGUGGUCAUCGCUGGUGCGGAAGAGGCCUGCAUCAGAGAUCAGAUGUGCUACACGGCCAUGAAGAGGGCGCGGCGGCUGCUGAGGGCCUCGUCCGACCAAGGGGCCGCCCGCAAGGGGCUGGAGGCCAUCGCCGCCGGCCUGGAGAGGUCUCGCCUGGGCAGGCAGACCCUCGGCUCGGAGAGGCAGGAGCUCAACGCCGUCGCCCUCGAGAUCAUGGCGCAGGCAGCCCAGGAUGCCGCUCGCGAGGGGAAGCAGGCCGGGUCUGUGCCCGCGCCGUGGACCUUGAAGAAGUACGAUGCCGAGAGGGCCAGCCUGGGCUCUGACCUGGACGAGGAUCUCGGUUUCAGGGACGUGCAUUCACAUUCAGACGGGUCCGAUAUUGAGUCUACGUCUGUCAAGGCUGAGCCGCUGGCUGCUACUGGGUAA